AAACUUGCUUUGCGGUUGAUCAAAACUAUAAUUUUAUGUUCUAUCGUUUUUUUGGGAUUCGGUGCAUUCCAAAUUUAUGGAUUUGAUCAAUUCUGCAUUCAUGCUACCCCUAUUCGUCUAUGGUGUUUACAAUCUCCAUUUCCACUUCUGUAUUUGUAUGUUCAAGAAGUGUAUUGGAAUUGCGGAUUUCUGACUUAUUAUGAGGUUAAACAAAUUCCAAACUUCUUGUUAGCACUUCCUAUGAUAUUACUCUCAUCGUUUGGCAUAUACAAAUAUGCUAAAUAUGACUAUAAAAGAAUGAUAAGCUUUGGUUUACAAAAUAGUCAGUCUUUGGAAGUCCCAG